GCAGCAUGGCUUCAGGUUUUAAGGUAACAUGUUUAUCUGAUAUGCAUUAAAGUUUAAACGCGCUUUAUCUGCGUUGAUAUAGUGUGGUACAAGAUAAUUCCGUGAAAACAUUAAUUAGUUAAACAACGUUAAUCGAUACCCCCCCCCCCAAACGUGACGCGGUAACUUAGUCUCAAAGUUCUGCUUCCCAACGUGGACGAGAAGCUUCCUGGAUGAGACGAGGUUUAAGUGAAAAGUCACCAUAAUGUCUAAGGUGAAGGAAAAGAAGGGGGGUUCUGUCGCUAAAGUGAACCAGCCCACCGUUAAAGAGAAGAGGAAGACGUUUUGGAUAAAGCAAAUCAAAGCAAAGAAACAAACGUUUCCAAAGAAGACACCCCCACAGAAACAGCAGCAGCAGCAGCAGCAGCAGCAGCAGCAGCAGCAGCAGCAGAAACAGACUGGAGCCCAGCGAGCUGCUCCUCCAGCAGACCCCCACAGCUUCUCUGCCAACUGGAAAGCAUUGCAAGAGAUCCUGAAGACCAGUCCGCCAGUGGCCACACAGCAGCAGAACGGUGUCCUCCCAAAGAAACCGAAAGAAAACGUUUCCAAGAACCGGGCAGCUCCCAGCCACACAGACGCGGAGAAGAAGGUGAAGCAUAAAGCUGUUCCUGACGGCGUUACUCCAAAGGAUGCUGGUGUCAACGCCAAGAUUUCCCCUCCCUCAGAAACACGUCAGCCUGCUGCUCCCAAGAGAAAAAGGGAAAAUGGAAAAAUGAACGACAAUCUAGCAGCUAAGAAAAAAAAGCCUGUGGUUGAAGAGAGGAAACCCACAGAAGAGGAUCUCUGGUUCGAUGACGUAGACCCAGACGUCGUUGAGGAAACGAUGGGACCAGAAGCAGCAGAGAUCAUGCGGAAGAAACAGGGCAUAAGGAAGAGCAAGGACACGGAGAGCGCCCUCGUUAAGGAGAAAGCGUUUGAAGGUCUCACCAGGGCUGUGGCCAUCGACUGUGAGAUGGUGGGAGUCGGUCCUGAUGGGGUGGACAGCAUCUUGGCUCGCGUGUCCCUCGUAAACCACUUUGGGAAAUGUAUCUAUGACAAGUAUGUGAAACCGUCAGAGAAGGUGACCGACUACAGGACAUCUGUCAGUGGUAUCCGACCAAAGGACAUAAAGGAUGGAGAGGAUGUACAGACUGUUCAAAGGGAAGUUGCCGAGAUCCUGCAAGGGAGGAUAGUUGUUGGACAUGCCAUACACAAUGAUUUAAAGAUUCUGCUCUUGGAUCAUCCCAAAAAGAAAAUCCGGGACACUCAGAAAUAUAAACCCUUUAAGAAGAUUGUCAAGAGUGGUCGACCCUCGUUGAAAGCUCUCUGCAGAGAAGUCCUCAACGUGAAGGUCCAGCAGGGCGAACAUUCAUCUGUCCAAGACGCACAAGCCACCAUGAGGCUGUACACACGCGUGAAGAAAGACUGGGAAGCAGAGAUUAAAGCCAGUAAGAAGGGCCAACAUACAGAGAAAAAGAGUUUAAGGAAGCCGAAGGAGGAACAACGCAUAUCUCCUGCACUGAGGAGACAAGACUGACAGGAUCACACGUCUGCUAGAAAACACAAGUGGACUUUUGAAUGAUCCAUGGUGGUGGAGUUGUUACUUAAAAUGUGACUCUUGAAAAGAAAACCCUCAUGGAUAGCUGAAAGAAUGUUUGUCAUCAGGUGACAAGUACGUUAGGCUUAACGUCAGAGUUCAUAGUGUCAUAAAAGUAUUAUUUAUCAGAUCACCAUGGUAACAUAUGCCAGAGACUCCACCUGUCCUCCGGGAUGUCCAAAAGCCCAUCCAUCCUUUCCACCGUCAGAGACUUCCUUCAGCUCAUCCAGAGGAACACGGCAGCGUUCCCCACCCAGCUGAGAGCUGUAAUGAUUUUAUAAAUGAUGGGACACCAUGGGGCUGCCGUAGACGGUACUGUCUUCUCACAGUAAGGGUUUAAAUCUCAGGCAGGAACUUUCUGUCCAGGGUUAGUUUGUGGGAAUACCCAGAAAGGCCCACUCACUGGUGUGUAUGAACGUCUGUGAUGGACAGGCAACCUGUCCACAGGGUGUAACCUGACGACAGCUGGGAUAAACUCCAGCUCCCCCGUGACCCACAUCAGAAUUUAUGUGGGUCUAUGAAAAGGAUAGAUAAUUAAAUGUAAUAAUUACAUCUCUUGGCAAGAUACUUGGAGCUUUGCAUUUAAAUUGUCUGUUAAAAGCGGAACCAGUUAAGUUCAGUGUUGUUUUUCCCCGAAAACAAAUACAUAGUUACUUCUCUGUUUUAAAGUUGGAUUUUUAUAUUUUAAAAGCAUAUUACAAUACUUUACAAUAGUUUACUGUAUCACGUAACUCUCAAGCUCCUGUUUUUUUCUCUCCUUCAAGCAAACAGACUUGCUUCUCAGGCAGAAAAAACAUUGUGAAGACUUGAUAUAACGGAAGAACAACUUUGUCCAUCUGAGACGUUUCAGUUGCAAUUUGCUCUCUUGUGCACAGUUCAUGCUUUGAUUGUUAACAUGUGCUUUUUUGGUAUGAGUACUACUUUCCUGUAGAUUUCUGAGAAUUUUUACCCCCAGGACUUCAAAAAAUUGGAAGGAAAAGAGACUGUCUUGU